CAACAUCCCUACCCGCAGCACAUCAACAAAACGGCUUUCCUACAGCAGCGACGCCUCUUCGGUGGCGGUGCCUUGGCAUCGUCGCCGUCGACUGGCGGCAGCAGCAGCAGCACAGUCGCCGAGUCGGUAUUGCACCGCUCACAAUCGCAACAACAGCCAUCGGAGAGGAGCAGCAAUUUCAGCUUGAGUAGUCAUCACAGCAACAGCGUUGGCAGUGCUGGUAGUGGUGGCAGCAACGGUGGCGGCGGCGACAGAGGCAACAAUGGUGCCAAUGCCACAUUGACCAACGGCAAUAACAACAUCGCCAACAUUAUCAACAGCAUAAAUAGUAAUAAUAGUAACAUCAGCAAUAGUGGCAGUGCUGGCAGUCAUAAUUUUAUUAACAACAGCAACAACAAUUGCAAUGGCAUCAACGGUGUAAACAUUGGCAGCAGUAGCGGCGGUAGUGGCCGAUAUCGACCGCCACUAUUUCCUAAACCUAAAACACCAUCGUUCGACAAAGAUCGCGAUUACAUCGGUUUUGCAACGCUGCCCGAGCAAGUGCACAGGAAGUCGGUGAAACGUGGCUUCGACUUUACGCUCAUGGUGGUCGGUGAGUCUGGACUGGGCAAGUCAACACUGAUCAAUAGCCUCUUUCUGGGUGAUCUAUACAAGAAUCGAUUUAUACCAAAUGUCGAAGAGCGACUCGAGAAAACGACGCGCAUUGAAAAGAAAACUAUGGAUAUAGAAGAGCGAGGCGUGCGUCUGCGAUUGACUGUAGUGGAUACACCAGGUUUCGGUGAUGGCAUCAACUGUGAGGAUAGUUGGCGCGUAUGUACCGCAUACAUCGAUGAACAGUUUCGCCAAUAUUUUACAGACGAGAGCGGACUGAAUCGACGCAACAUACAGGAUAAUCGUGUGCAUUGUUGUUUGUAUUUCGUGCCGCCAUGGGGUCACAGUCUACGUCAAAUGGAUCUGGAUCUAAUUAGGCGACUGCAUCGCAAAGUCAAUAUAGUGCUGGUCAUCGCCAAAGCGGAUUGUCUGACCAAAAAUGAAGUGCGUAAGCUCAAAGAACGCAUACUGCAAGAUUUGGAAGAUAACAAGAUACAGUUAUAUCAAUUUCCCGAAUGUGAUUCGGAUGAAGAUGAUGAUUUCAAACAACAAGAUCGCGAUCUAAAGGCCUCGAUACCAUUUGCAGUCGUCGGCAGCAAUACGAUACUUGAGGUGGCGGGCAAGAAGGUGCGCGGACGUCAAUACCCAUGGGGUGUGGUUGAUGUCGAAGAUCCCGAACAUAGCGAUUUCAAUAAGUUACGCACCUUCCUCAUUUCCACACACAUGCAAGAUCUGAAGGACACCACACAGGAUGUACACUAUGAGAAUUUCCGAGCACAAUGCAUCUCACAGAUAUCGCAACAUGCGCUACGGGAGCGAGGCAAAUUGAAGCGUGACUCAAUCAGUUCGGUAAAUGGCUUCGAUGCGGCCAUUUCGGAGACCGACCGAUUGUUGUUGCAGAAGGAUGAAGAGAUACGACGCAUGCAGGAUAUGCUAACACAAAUGCAAGAGAAGCUCAAGCAGACACAUUUGAUGGAGAUGAAGAAGAAUGAUAGUGUUAUCGAUGUUUAAGAGCGGACAGUGGGUGUGAAAUAUUAAAUUAUUAAAAUACAUGGAAAGUGCACUAAGCCAGUGUGAGUGGAGAUUUAGUGCAUGGAAAAGGGUUCGCAGCAUAAAAUACUUAGAGUGACACGAGGAAAUUACCCCACAAUUUUGCGCACAACAUUGGACAACAUUUAGUAUUUAUUGGGAAAUUAGCCCCGUGGCGCUGAUGGAAAGCACACAUACGCCCACACAAAUCUACAUGCUAAUAUUAAAAUAUUCUUACAGGAAGUGAAUUGAUUACCAAACGUUGAGUUUUUAGUGGAUUUGAAAGCUAGUCGUUAUCAAACCACUGUAGAAUUUUUCACACCGUUACCAAGUGAGGUGUUAAGUGGUCUCUUUAAACUACAUUUGCGCCACUUUCAACGAAAUAUCUCUGGUUCCGCCACUAGUACGGGUAGUAGACAAUUUUCUAGUACAGAAUUCAUAGUUUCCCCAGCACAAAGAAUUUAUCCCAUGGUAGAAUUAUUCACACACACAUACCAGUGCAUACCAAAAACGCAAAAAAAAGAAACCAUAUAUAAAAUUAUACGAAAAAUAACGAUCAGCUGAAGAAACAAAAUUUCGAUUUGAAGAAUUUUGGGUACUUCAAAAUUCAGACAAAUACAUUCUAGGCCCACCAUUUUAAAAAUAAAAUAUUUUAUGUGAAACGAAAAACCAGGUGUUCGAUAGCGGUUUAUAAAAGUGUUAAAUAGCCACUUACUAAUCGAUUGCAUAUUAGAAGCGAUCAUUUAAAAGUAUUUUCGAAAAUUAUUCAAAAUGAUAUAAUUAAAGAUUUUUACAUACAAACCAUUCAAAUUAGAUAACGAAGUUGAGCAGUGCACACAUCCACACAUGCAUACAAACAGUUUGUGUAAUAACUAUGCUACGAAAGCGGAUUAGGCGAUGAAUCGAUUAUGGCUGCUUCGAAAAAUGAUCAAAUUCGAAAUUAAAACAAAAAAAAAACGUUUAAAUUUGGUGUGUUUGGACUCCUUACCUUACAGGUCCGUUGUGAUAUCACUGUGCUGCACGGGAACCUCAUUUACCUUUUACCUUUUUCGUUUACCAUUUUGUGGCUCUUAUGAAACGUAGUAUUGAACCCAACCCCACACCAGACAGCUCUGUAAAAGAAUUAAAAAAGUAUUCACCUUGACAAUCUGCUCUGAUUUUAGCUAAGGCCGGACAAUUGCAAAGGAAGGGCUCAACUGUUUCUUCCUCUUCCUCAUCUCUUCAACUUCUGCAAUAUUCAUGGGCGAAAGCUUCUAGUCUUGAAGAAUGCCUGCCAAAUAGCCAGUGACCGGUUAAACAAGCCACGACUUUCGAGAUAUCAUCUCUGGAGAGGCUAAGCAAUUCCUUUGUCUUUUUCUUGUUUAUUUGCGGCAAUAGUGGCCUAGCUGUUACGCAUAUAUCUUCAUCUCUCCAUGACUUAUUAGCCUCUUGGGUAAUGCGGUUUUUUAUUAUUAGUUUAUUCGUGGCCAUGGAUAUUCCAAUGGUACUUUUAUCACUGAGCAGUUGGCAAGCUCAUCAGCUUUACCGUUUCCCUCAACAUCUCUGUGCCCCGGAACCCAAAUAAGGCUAAUCUUGAAUACGACACUAAUAUCAUUUAGGGCUGCCCGGCAUUCCUGUGCAACCUUCGAUUUUAGUAUAAUAACUUACUAAGCAGUAGCUUAAAGAAAAAGAAUUUGAAUUUUCUUUUUUGAAAAUAUAUUUAUAUGGAUAAGAUGCACACUUUUCGAAUUUCGGAUUCCAAUGAAUAAUAUCCGCUUUU